GCGCACUCGAAAAGCGCCCGUAGUAACAGGCAUAUCUUUGUGAAUUUUGUGAUAACGCUCGAGUUUAUCUUAUUUAUUCAUAUUUAUCUUGAUUCGCUGAUUCGCUCUGCAAUAAAAGCCGCCGGUCAGAGUUGGUCAGAGCUUCCGUCUUCUUCCUGGUCGCUUCUAUCCAGUUGAUUUGCAUACAACGACCGUAUUCGACAAUGAGUGUGGAUACUACUUUGUAUACAUUGCCAAACAAUCAACCUGUCGUCGCGCUGGAAUGCGACACUGCGUUCAAAUUAUUGACAGAGAAAGAAAAGCUGUACUCGCAUUACUUGAGCCAGGCUGCAUGGCAUGGAGGAUUGAUAGUGUUAAUACAGACCUCACCAGAAUCUCCACUGAUAUUCGUGCUGUUACAUAAAAUUUAUCUCACAGAGCCUAUCAAUGAGCUGAAAGAUGCUGCGAUACGUGCCGGUGCUACAGAGGAUGAGUUUACUGCCUUCCUAGUUUAUAGUUGUGGGGUAUUUUCAAAUAUGGGCAACUACAAGUCUAUGGGUGAUACUAAGAUCAUCCCCAAUUUUUCGAAAAAAUCGUUUGAAACAAUAAUGAAAGCCUCGAAGGCUUACAAAAAUAAUUCUAAAGAGAUGCAAGAUAUGUGGGAUAACAUAUCGAAUGCUGUGUACUCUUUAGAUGGAAAAUUGAAAGUACUGGGAUUAGGCGACAAAGGUGUCACAACUUAUUUUUCUGCCAAUUGUACUAAAGAAGAUGCAGAUAGGGUCAACGCGUUUAUGCAACGUAAAGGAUUGGAAUCCUAUAACGCGAGAUGCUUCAAGACAAGUAAUGGCAAUAUCGAUACGUACGAGAUAAAGCUGGCAUCCAUGGAGACAUCAGAUGAUCCUGCAAUAACAAUGUCCGAGGAAACACACGAGAAUGUCAAGUUUAAAAUUACAAGAGGAGAUUAUUGCAAACUCAUGGUGCCUGUCGUGGAAAAUCUCAAGAAAGCCAAGGAGUAUGCGUCCAAUCAGACUGAAAAAGAUAUGCUGGAUAAAUACAUCGAUCAUUUUAGAACAGGCUCUUUGGAUGAUCAUAGAAACGGUUCUCGCCUUUGGAUAAAGGAUAAAGGUCCGACUAUCGAGACUUAUAUCGGCUUCAUCGAAACGUACCGAGAUCCAGCGGGUCAGCGUGGAGAAUUCGAGGGCUUUGUGGCGAUGGUGAACAGACAAAUGUCCGAGAAAUUCGCUACGCUAGUGAGCAGAGCUGAGGAAUUCAUUCCCAAGCUACCAUGGGACAAGGAUUUUGAGAAGGACACGUUCUUGAGGCCGGACUUUACAUCCUUAGACGUUUUAACGUUCGCGGGUUCCGGUAUUCCGUCGGGAAUAAAUAUCCCGAAUUAUGACGAGAUCAGACAGUCUGAAGGCUUUAAGAAUGUAUCGUUAGGUAACGUUAUAUACGCCCAUAUGAAGGAUACUCAAGCGAUUCCGUUUCUAUCCGAAGCCGAUCAAGAAUUGAUGCACAAGUACAGAGUCACCAGUUUCGAGGUACAAGUCGGUCUGCACGAGCUUCUCGGUCACGGUACUGGUAAAUUGUUCAAGCAAACGGAGCCAGAUACCUACAACUUUGACCGUGACAACGUGAAGAAUCCUCUUACCGGUGGUAAAAUAGACAAAUUCUUUUUGAAAGGGGAGACUUACGAUUCUAAGUUUGGCCCCCUAGGAUCCUCAUACGAGGAGUGCAGGGCAGAGGCAGUCGGUCUCUACUUGAGCUUAGAAAAAGAGGUACUGAAAAUAUUUGGUUACGAGGGACAGGAAGCGGAGGAUAUAACAUACGUGAACUGGUUGUCUCUGCUGUGGGGUGCUUUUGCAAAGACUUUCGAGAUGUAUCAGCCAGCCACGCAAACAUGGUCCCAGGCUCACUGUCAAGCGCGUUAUAUCUUGCUCAGAGUGUGCCUAGAGGCAGGUCAGGACUUUGUCAACGUCGUCGAAACGGAGGAGGGAAAGAACCUCCUCAUGACUGUCGAUCGAAGCAAGAUCUUUACGGUCGGCAAGAAGGCCAUCGGAGAUUUUCUCCUGAAGUUGCAAGUUUACAAGAGUAUGGGAGACGUCGAGUCGGCUACGAAAAUGUAUAACAAAUACAGCGAGGUGCCUGAAAGCGGACCGCAUCCGUUUGGUCGUUGGAGAGAUCUGAUAUUGUCUCGCAAGGAACCAAGGAAGAUCUUCGUUCAAUCGAAUACAUUUGUCGAUGAUUCUAAUAACGUGACACUGAAAAAUUAUGAGUCGACAUUCACGGGACUUAUUCAGUCGUGGAUAGAAAGAUUCCCAAGCGCAGACGUAUCUCAAGCGCUGAUAGAACUCUGGAACAAAGACAAACAUCAUUUUGUGUCGGCAAAUCGUUAAUCUGAAAAAGUGUUCAUCUGUUUGAUGGCUCUGUAAAAAUCCUAUGUAACUUUCUCGUGUCCGGCUAUUUACGUAUACCUAGAACGACGAAUGUUACAUAUCGGAAAUUAUUACUUUUAUACACUUUAUUACACGAAGUAGUAAUUAUACGAAGUAACAAUGAUUUGCUAAUUUCAAGGUUGAAUGUGUACAUAUAAUGUGCGAUUUUAACUUUUUUAAGGCCAUAUGGCUGUAUGGAUUAUAACAUAUCGUGGUCCAUAUUUUGAUCUAGCGCGACAUUCAUCGCUAAAUUAUCUGUCUUGUUCGAGACUUACGGACAGCUAAUUUAGUGCUAAAUGUUAGAGACGCAUUUGAGAAUAUUCCGAGCUUGUAUGGAAAACAAAGAUAAUUACGUAAGAUAACUAUGAGUGUGAUUAUUUAAUGCUAAAAAUGCUUUGAAGCAUUUGAUCAAUCAGAAUAAAAAAUUUUACGAGUUGACCAAUUAAAAAAUAUUUCGAAGCAUUUGUAGUGUCAAGUGGAUCGCACUCUAUACGUUAUAUAAGAGUAUACAAUUACUUUAUAAAUACGAGUUGAAGUAUUUGUAAGUCUAACUGUAUUUUUAUUAUUUUGAAUAAUAUAUGAGUAAUCUGUAAUCAGU